GGCGAGGGACCGUGACUGGCGGCGACGCUGGGCGUUUAUCGGAGCUCAGGGUCACACUAGCGCCGGCUCGGAGCCCCGUCAGACGGAGACGGGCCGCCGCCGGAGAGCAGCGUCCUCUGACAGAGCCGGGAGAGAGGUACGCCCCCAGACAGUGGCUACCAGAGACCAGACAGGGGAACAGUCACCAGCGAGGAGCCGACAGACAACCGCCAGGAUGUCUUCUGAACGAAUUCCGUUUCCCUUCAAGAUCCGUCCUCUUGAAGACGAUGUACAGAAAAAGAUCGCCAAAGACUUCGAGGGCUAUCCGAAUGGACUCGCCUCUUGCAACCACUGGAACUUCAAGCUGGCGGGGUCGGUGACCGAAGAGGAAAUGGAGAAUCUGUACAACUACCCGCUGGACCCUCGUGACGUCUGGGUGGUGACGCCUCCAAAGUGUGGGACCACUUGGAGUCAGGAGAUGAUCUGGCUGAUCGCCAACGACCUGGACUACGAGGGAGCCAAGACACCCCUUAUGCCUGACAGAUGGAACUUCAUCGAGAUCGGUGCCAUUUUGGACCAGGAUGGCCACGCCAAAAUGGCGCCCGCCGGCGCCCCUCCGAUGGACGUGAAGAAGUUCGGCGGAGACCCGAACCGCCCCUCGCCGCGCUUCGUCAAGUCGCACCUGCCCAUGUCGCUGAACAACCCGCGCCUCCUGGACACGUGCAAGGUGGUGUACGUGGCCAGGAACCCCAAGGACGCGUGUGUCUCCUACUACCAUCACAACCGGCUGCUGCGCGGGCACGGAUACUUCGGGGACCUGGAGCUCUUCGUGGAGCACUUUAUGAACGAGACCAUCGUGGAGACUCCGUUCAUCGAGCACAUGAUCGAGGCGUGGAACCUACGACACCACCCCAACAUGUGCUUCCUCUUCUUCGAGGACAUGAAGAAGGACCUGAGGGCGCAGCUCCGAAAGGUGGCGGCCUUCCUCGGCAAGUCCUACAGCGAGGAGCAGAUCGACAAGCUGGCCAGCCACCUGCACAUCGACAACUUCAAAAAGAACCCGUACGUCAACAUGGAAAAAUCGACGCACGGUAUGGUCAACAAGGACCAGGGCAGCUUCAUCAGGAAGGGGAAGACGGGUGACUGGAAGAACCACUUCACCCCUGAGAUGACGGAGAAGUUCGACAAGUGGAUGGCGCAGAAAAUGAAGGGCACCGAUCUCAAAUAUGUAGAGGAGCUUGAUAAGCAGGAUUAGGCUACUGUUAUGAACUAGCUUUGCGUAGUACCACAUCAGUAGGAAGCUAUGACAUAGGUACCGUAUGGAAUGAAGCUCUUCCAAAUUGAGUUAAUGGUGGGCGUGCUGUCCAGAUAACGUGAGUUACGAUGCAAUGUUAUUGUCCAUGUACUUACGUACUCAUCAUUUUUAUAUGACGUACCAAAUGGUCGCCUAGAAUUGACGAAUGUGAAGAUCAAUACACGGAUAAAUACAGA